AAAUUGUUUUCAUUCUGAGCAAACCGGGUUUUGCAUCUUCAUCAAAUAUUAUACAUUUUUUUACUAAAAGAAAAAGGGAGGAUAAACAGAGGCAAAUGGCGUCUCGGAAUGCGGGCGGUGGAUCGCAGGGCCUGGGCAGGCAGAGCAGCGUUGCGACGACGAGUGGGAGUGUGAUGAAGUCGAGACAAGUGACACAUUUACAAUCGCAGUUGGCUCUGUUGUCACAAAACCUAUCAGAUACCGAGAAUUUAUUAAGGAUGACGAGUGUGCAGGCCGAAGCUAUGAAGGGGUUGGGUAGCUGGCACGGUGGCCUGUUUAUGGCUGCGAGUAGAGUGCUUGGGGAAGAGAGCGUGAAGGAGGCUGAGAAGUGAUGAUGGGCUGUUGUACGGGAGGAGCGGAGGGAGAAGAUAUGAUGGAUCACUGAAAGAUGUCGGGUUCUGCUAGCAUUUACUGAGCGACUAAUGAUAUAUAUGAUUUUG